AUGGGCCUGGUCUGCUCGCGUCCGAUCUCGGACUUUCUCGAAGGCGGCUUCCUCAAGGGCGCCGAGCUCAUCGACCACCUCGUCCGCCUCACCAACCGUUGCUUCCACGGCGCCGUCACGGUGUGCUUCUCUGCCAUCUUUGGCCGCAACAGCGCGCUGGUGCAGGAGCGCAAGCACGACCAGCUCUACCAGCUCUCCAGCCGCACUGGCAGUCAGGGCGGCGGCGGCCUCUACACGCUCGCCGGGGGAGCACAGAGGCUGGAUGAGAAAAAGAGGCGCUCCGAGAGGAGGAGACGCGCCGAAGCCGCCGCCCUCGGCGUCAAGGUGACGCGCAAGCGCUCCCAGCGCUUGCUGCGGCAGUCACUGGGGGAGCCGGUGCGGGCGCCGCCGCCAAGGCCCGAGGCCGAGCGCGAGACGGCAAGGGAGCGCGAGAAGGGGAGGCUCUGGGUCAUGGGGAACGUCGCCGCCUCGGCCGCCGUCCCCUUGUCCUUGUCGUCGCCGCCGCCACCGCCACCACAUCAUCAACACCAGCAGCAACCUGCCACGGCCCAUCAUCCCGAGCCGAAUCGGCCGCAACCGGCGCGGCUGGCCGAGGCGACAGAGACACGCCACAAGAAGUCGGGCAGCCAUCAUGAAGGCACCCCGCUCGUCGGCGACGACCAUGCGCUGGUCAUCCUCAAGCAGCAACGACAGCACCCACGGCAGGUCAGCGCAGAGUCGAAUUCUUCGGCCUCCAACGUCGAGGUCAUUGCCUCAUCCUCGGCCGCCCCUACUGCCGCUCCCGGGCUUCCUCCAAGGGCCGCUCCCAAACACGUUGCCGUGCCGACGCCGCGUACUUCGAGCAGGCCGUCGCCCGUGUCUGGCGACAAGGUCCGCCCACAGGCACCGGGCGGUCAAGCGGCGGCCUCGGGCUUCCACUCCAAGCCGCAGGCGCUGGUCACGUCGAGCACAUCGGACCUCGCCAUCCUCCAGUCGGGCGCCAUGACGUCGCGCAAGGGGACCGCCAUCGUGCCUCCGACCGAUGUGAGCGGUAACGCCAUGCUCCGACUCUCGGCGGCGCCGUUGACCACAGCCUUUGAGGGUCCGGCCGCGCAGACGAGCAAGGCCAAGCAGGAGCUGCGCAAGCAGCGGCCGAGGGCGUCGCUCGACAUCCGGCGGAUGGAGCCGGAGCUGCGGCCCGCCGCGGCCGCGCCGCCCGGGGAAGAUGCGGGCGACGCGCCGCGCAAGGAGCGAAAGGUGUGGAAGGACGAGGUGGAGCGCCUGGCGCUGCAGAAGAUGAUGCGGCAGGAUGCGGCCGCCCGCCGCUCGAGCGGGGCGGGCAUCGUGCAGGGCAACGGCAACGGCAAGGCGCUGCGACGAAUCGAGACGCACGACGCCAGGCUGAGGUGGGAGCCCUCGACGGCAACCGCGGCCUCGCCGCAGUCGCCCACCAGCGACGAUGCGACGGCCAGCCCCACGGCCCGGGGCGAUCGGCCUGCGCUGCAGAGGAGGGCGAGCGAGAAGCAGGCAAAGAGGCGCAGAAGCGUCGACGUCGCCGCACGGUAG